AUGAGCACUAAUCCGUCAGUGCAACCAUCUGAAAUCAUAAAGGAUAAUGGAGAAAUUGAUGGUAAAAUAAGGUUAAGAAAAUGGUUAAAUAUGAACUUCAGAAUAGAAAUGACUGAUGGCAGAGUACUUAUAGGUGUAUUUCUCUGUACGGAUAGAGAUGCUAAUGUAAUUUUAGGAGCUUGUUCUGAAUACCUCAAAAAUAAUGAUGGUGAAACUGAAGAACCCCGUGUGUUGGGUCUUGUCAUGGUGCCUGGACGCCACAUUGUUUCUAUAAAAAUAGAUGAUACAAUGGAUUCAACUACUUCACAAAAGUACUAUUAUGAAUAA